AUGUCUUCUCUUCCUCCCGUCUACAUCGUCUCGACUGCCCGCACUCCCGUGGGUGGUUUCCUUGGCUCCCUGUCCAGCUUGACUGCCCCUCAGUUGGGUGCUCAUGCCAUUAAGUCCGCCGUUGAGCGUGCUGAGGGCAUCAAUGCCUCCGAUGUCGAGGAAGUCUUCUUCGGUAACGUCUUGUCCGCUGGUGUCGGACAGAACCCCGCCAGACAGUGCGCCAUCGGUGCUGGCCUGGCCGAGUCUACCGUCUGCACUACCGUGAACAAGGUCUGUGCCUCUGGCCUGAAGGCCAUCAUCCUCGGUGCUCAGACUAUCAUGACUGGCAACGCAGAUAUCGUCGUUGCCGGUGGUACUGAGUCCAUGUCCAACACUCCUCACUACCUGCAGACUUCUCGUACCGGUACCAAGUUCGGUGCUCAGACCAUGGUCGAUGGUAUCCAGAAGGACGGUUUGACCGAUGCCUACGGUAAGCAGGACCUGAUGGGUGUUGCCGCCGAGGAGUGCGCCGAGGACCACGGCUUCAACCGUGCCCAGCAGGAUGACUACGCCAUCCGCAGUUACGAGAAGGCCCAGGCUGCCCAGAAGGCCGGUCUCUUUGACUAUGAGAUUGCUCCCAUUGAGAUCCCCGGUUUCCGUGGCAAGCCCGGUGUCACCGUCUCCCAGGACGAUGAGCCCAAGAACCUCAACCCCGAGAAGCUCCGUGCUAUGAAGCCCGCCUUCAUCCCCGGCACUGGAACUGUCACUGCCCCCAACUCCUCUCCUCUGAACGACGGUUCCGCCGCCGUUGUCCUGGUCUCUGAGGCCAAGGUCAAGGAGCUUGGCCUCAAGCCCAUUGCUAAGAUUCUGGGCUGGGGUGACGCUGAGCAGAAGCCCAGCAAGUUCACCACCGCCCCUGCCCUGGCUAUUCCCAAGGCUCUCAAGCACGCCGGUGUCACCCAGGACGCCGUUGAUGCCUUCGAGAUCAACGAGGCUUUCAGUGUUGUGGCCCUUGCCAACCUGAAGCUGCUCGGUCUCUCCGAGGACAAGGUCAACAUCCACGGUGGUGCUGUCGCUAUUGGACACCCUCUCGGUGCCAGUGGUGCCCGUAUCGUGUCCACUCUCCUCGGCGUCCUGAGCGCCAAGAAGGGCAAGCUUGGCUGCGUCGGCAUCUGCAACGGUGGCGGCGGUGCCAGCGCCCUGGUUCUUGAGACCCUCUAA